AUUUUGGGGUUUAUCGAGAUACGGUCACACUGGCUGGCAGGCGAUGAAAAUUAUUUAUAUUUUUUCGCUCUUCUAACGCAAAAAUUAAACAAAAUAAACAAAGUUGGAUGCAUUAAUGAUAAAAUCCGACACAGUGCGUUCCCACUGAACCCCGAUAGUGUGUGCUACCUUGGGCCGCGGCAUUACUCAAAUCCGCUACUCAUUAAAAGUUGAUGCUGCAGUAGCGCAGCAGCGGCCAUCAACAAAAAAGAAAACCACGAAACCCGAUCGCGUGCAAAGUACAAAAAGUGUGUAUUAUUUAAUAAUAAUUGUCGCUAACCAUUAUCGUGUGCUAAAUAUUGGGCACUAUACCCCAUAGUGCUGCAAUUAAAGGCCAAACGCAGCGAAUAGCUGCCGCGGCGGUGGUGCAAAGAGAACAUAAAAUCGCUGGCAAGAAGAGGAAGAAGAAGCAGAGCUAGUGGCGCUGUGUGUGAGAAAAUAAAACAAAAAGGCAACGCGCAUUGCAGCGUAGCGUGCGUCCACUUACAGCUUCCACACCAAUUAAAUCGGAAGUAAAAUAAAUAUAAAGCCAGCACGUAAUUGCAAUAAACGACGAAAAAGAUCCAGUGCAUAUUUGUUUUUGUGUGUGCUGCAGCCGCGCCGCUGCAGGUGCUGCUGCUUGGCUUGGCGCUUUCGAGACAACACGACGCUGCCAACGCUGACGACAUGCGCGCGUAGAGUUGCCAGCUCCAAAUUGCAAAGGUUGCCGUUGUGCCGUUGUUCCGUGCCCGUGCUCGUUCUUGGGAAUAGUUUUUUAAAAAUUUUGUUGUCCUUGUGCUAAGAUGAUUCGGUCGAUAUGCUUUUGGCGGUAUCAGGCCGCACCAAGUGGAUAACAGUCGAGUGAGAGCAGAAGAUCACCGAUCACCGUGAAGCGAUUGUGCGCCGCCAUCCAUCCAUAUCACCAUCGAAUCGGCAACAGCUACAGGAACAUCAAGUCCAGCAUCACACGCCGCAUCGGCAGUCCACCCCGAAGCCGCAUUUCUUCCUUUCUUCACACCGCGUCGAGAUCUCCAGCGAGGGAUUGACGACGCCGCUUAGAUAGAAUUUCUUCCCCCCGUAGUUAAAGAAAAAGCUGCCACCAUUCGGAAGAAAAAUACCUCUAACAUGACCCAUAAUCUCGGUAUGGCGCCAUAUCGUUUGCCGGGUCCAGCAGGCGGUCUCUGUCCGCCUGACUUCAAACCGCCGCCUCCGUCGGAUAUCAUCUCGGCGCCGAGCAAUCCGAAGAAGCGGCGGAAAACCUCGAAUGCCGCCAACUCGGCAGCUGCGGCAGCGGCGGCGGCGGCAGCAGCUGCGGCCGCCGCUGCCAAUUCAAUGCAGCAACAAUCAGCACCACCAACGCCCCAGGAUCUGUUGCCGCCACCGCCGAUGGGUGGCUUCGGAGACACCAUUAUUGCCUCGAAUCCCUUUGACGACAGUCCCCAGGUGUCGGCCAUGUCGAGCUCGGCCGCCGCAGCGAUGGCGGCCAUGAACCAAAUGGGCGGAGGUCCUGGCGGACCGGGACACUUUGGCGGCGGCCAUCCGCACCCGCAUUGGGAGGAUCGCAUGGGCAUGGGCGGUGGUCCGCCGCAUAUGCACCCCCAUAUGCAUCCGCACCAUCCCGGUGGACCGAUGGGACACCCGCAUGGGCCACCCCACCACAUGGGCGGUCCGCCGCCGAUGCGCGGCAUGAGUCCAAUGCAUCCGCAUGCGAUGGGACCCGGACCUGGAGUGGGACUGCCGCCGCAUAUGAACCACGGCAGACCUGGUCCCGGUGGCCCCGUGCCUAUGGGCAGUCCGAUGGGCGCCAUGGCCGGCAUGGGCGGCAUGAGUCCAAUGGGCAAUAUGGGAGGACCAAGCAUAUCACCACAUCACAUGGGCAUGGGAGGACUCUCGCCAAUGGGCGGUGGUCCGAAUGGACCCAACCAGAGGGCCAUGCAGGGUUCCCCCAUGGGAGGAGCUGGUGGUCCUGGCCAGAACUCGCCCAUGAAUUCGCUGCCCAUGGGCUCGCCGAUGGGUAAUCCGAUUGGUAGCCCGCUUGGGCCGCCAUCCGGUGGUCCUGGGCCACAGCAGCAGCAGCAGCAACAACAGCAGCAGCAGCAACAACAGCAGCAACAGCAGCAGCAGCAACAACAACAGCAACAACCUCCGCAGCCACCCAUGAACAAUGGACAAAUGGGUCCGCCUCCGUUGCACAGUCCGCUGGGCAAUGGACCGACGAAUCAUGGCAGUCAUAUGCCAGGUGGACCCGGUCCAGGGCCUGGUCCUGGGCCCGGUGGCCUCGUCGGACCUGGUGGCAUGUCUCCUGCAAAUAACAACAACAGCGGCGGCGUCGGAGGAGGAGGAGGAGUUGGCGGACCGGGCAACAACAUGCUCGGCAACAACAACAAUUCAAGCAACAACAAUCAAAAUCCUCAUCUGUCGCCAGCCGGUGGCCGUCUCGGAGUGCCCACGUCACUGCAAUCGAAUGGCCCCACAAUGUCGG